AUGUACGAAGGGAUUGACAACCUGAAAUCCCUUUACGACCGUGCCGGGAAGACUUUCUCCGGCGGUCCUUCUGCGGCACAGGAUGUGUCGCGUCGUACUGCUCGACCAGACCCAGUACGUCAACUAUCAAUUGGGAGCGGGGCUCCCAAGAAUCCCAGGACGGGGGAUAGCCGCGCCACCGGACGAGGUAACUCGUCCGACGUCCGUUCACGUCGCGGUGGUUCAACAGCUGCUCUACUAGAUAGCGCUGGCCACCGCGAGAGUCCUCUAAUGGAGGUGGAGGAGGAGGAAAGACGCUCUCCACACGAUCAUGUGGAUCGGUGUGUUCCCGAGAGCUUCUUUGAUCGCGUAACGCAAGGGUUACGCGACGAUCUCGAGCAUGAGCGGAAUAGGCGUCUCCAGAUGGUGGACACUGCCUCGAAGCAUCGAGCUGAGUUUGCCUUUGCUCAGCUUGAGAACGAGAGAUCUCUGACAUCUUCUCGUGACGAGCUAAGGGUAGCUCGUGGGAUUGUUGAUCGGUCUCGGGAUGAGAUAACUGCUCUUCAGACCCUUGUUGAUGCCCACCAUCGGGAGCACAAGGCUCUCUGCGAGAUGCUUGAGCGCAAGGGCGUUCUUCAUCGGAAGAAGCAGCGUACUGAUGGUACGGCUUAA